CAAAAAUCAAAUGAUGAAAAUGUUAUUAAGACAAGAAUAUAUGGAGUUCUAAUAGAAGGUAGUAGAAUUUUCUUUUCCUAAAAAGCGAACAAGAAACAAGAAACUUCUCAUUUCUUCUUCCUUUCUCUUAUUUACCCCCUCAAUUUCAAGUUUUUAAUUUACACCAUCACCACAAACAAGCAUAACAAUGGCCAUGUCCCGUUUUAUCACUCACAGUCACCGAUCAUCUCUCAAAACCCACCAAUGGACCUCUCAAUUCUUCCAGCAUUUCACCAUCACAACCACCACCGACCACCCUGAAAAACCAGACACAAAAGAGAUUUCCAUCUCCGAUUCUACCAGAAAACCCAAACUCUUUUCACCAAAGAGACGUAGCCGGAGAUCACCUUGGUCGAGAAACAAUGAUCGGAACUUCCUUCCUUCUCUCUCCGGUGUUGGGCAUGCCAUCGUGGAAGCGGCGGCGAACAUGAACAGACUACUGGAAAACUUGUCUCCGUCCCAUCUGAUAAGGAGAUUCAAAGAGAAAGAUGAGAGUUACAGCAUCAAGUAUCAGAUGCCUGGGCUCUCGAAAGAUGAUGUGAAGAUUACAGUUGAAGAUGGGAUGUUGUUCAUCCGAGGAGAGCAUAAGGAGGAGGAGGAGGAAGGAGACGAGGAGGAGUAUUGGACGGCAGCCAGAUACGGGUACUAUAACACUAGCCUGAUGCUGCCGGAGGAUGCUAAAGUGGAGGAGAUCAAGGCGGAGAUGAAAGAUGAGGUGCUUCAUGUGAUCAUACCAAAAGAUGACACCAAGAAGAAGAAUGUGAAGGAGGUUAAAGUUGGCUAGGAAUUAAAUAGUAUCUAUAUGUUAUAUGUGAGUAUAGAUGUGUGAAUUGUGAUUUUGAUGUAUAAGUACGUUAUAUAUAUGUAAUGGAAAUUUUAAUAAAUAGUGGAUAAAAAAAAAGGCGAAAUACGGCUUUGAUAUUCUUCCAUGAGAGGU